AUGUCUGAUAUAGAUAGGCUUCUUUCUGUAGAAGAGUCUUCGUUAGUCAAAGAUCAAGAGAUUGAACGGGUUCUUUCUUGUUCUGAAUGGGAUUAUUUCGCUAUACUUGAUGUUGAUCCCAGCAAGCACGAACCUGAGGCUAUACCGAAUGUAGUGAAGAAAAUAUAUAGAAAGAAGUCAUUGCUUAUCCAUCCUGACAGGACGAACAAUUCAAAAGCACCAGAAGCAUUUGAUAAGUUGAAAAAGGCAGAGUUGGUUCUUGGGACUUCUCUAGAUGGGGAAUCUGAUAAUAACCUAGUCGCAGAGAAGAGAAGGCUCAUGGAUAUAUAUAUCGAUGUACAGAAGAAGCUGCAACAACAAGAAUUGACUGAGGUAAGAUUGGAAGUGGCUUCUAUAUUAAAGGAAGAAGUAAAUAACGAAAACAUCGACAAGUUAUACAAGCAGAGACAAGAAGCCAGCAAACAAGCAGAGCUACAACGGGCACAAGAGUCGAGAAAGAUGCGGAAGAAGCUCGAGGAAAAAUGGGAGGACGACAGAGAUGCCAGAGUGAGCAAUUGGCGAAAGUAUACACGUAAGGUUGAAAAGAGUAAGAAGAAGAUAAAGAAGAAGCUAUUAGCCUGA